CCCAGAGCCUGAGACCCCCCCCCCAGGGUGGGGCUCCCACCACUCCCUCCUCUGGCCCUCAGAGGACUCUGUGCCCCUGCGGCCCCAGGUUCAGAGCAGGAGGUGUCAGGCUUCAUGGCUCCAGGCCUCCCCUCCCCUGGACACCCCUGUGUCCAGGGCCGCCCCAGGACAGGGCAGCAGAGCUCAGGUCUUCUGGAACCUUCUCCCUCCAGAAGCUGCCUCUGGCGCCAGGCCCGGAAUUCCAAGCUCACGAACUCAUUGCUGACCCUCCCCCCUCCCCACCCACCGGAGUUGCUGGAGCCAGUGCCAGCCCUCUGCCGCCUUGGGGGGUCUUGUGCUCGUGCUCCCCCCCGGUUCUGCAGACACCACCUUCCCGGUGGAGUGGAGGGAGGCCAGCUGCCCCGCAGCGGCCCCCCACCACCCUGCCCCAAGCCCCGUGACACACCCCCUGCACAGUGAGCGCGUGAUGCUGGCUGCCACGCUGGCCCCUUCCAGAGGCAGCAGGCCCCAGCGGCCCCUCCCCAACCUGGGCCGUUUUGGGGGCUGGACAGGGUCCACCCCCCUCACCUCCCAGCUGCUCCAGGCAAAGGCCGCCCCUGCCCCCAGGCAGGGCCAGGCGCUCAGCAGCCCAGAGGCCAGCUGGCUGGGCACACUCCAGGACUGGCUGUCCGGGGCCCCCGUCACCGCAGCAGUUCUGCUCAGGCUGGUGUGUACUCCAUGGGGCCCGAGGGCAGGGCCCCCUGCUGGUGCUGUGGCCCAGAGCAGAGCUGCUGGGCGGCUGGAGGCAGCCCCACCGCGGGACACUGCGGACCCUGCUCCCAGUGUGGCCACAUGCUAGGCCAGGACCCCAGCGGCACCCCGUGGGAAGGCCGGGACCACCCGGAUGGGCAGGUCCUCGGCCAGCUGCGCGCCCUGGUGGAGGAGGAGGAGGAGGGGGCCUGGGCUUCCCCGUCCUCGAGGCCUGCCUUCCCCGAGAUGGGCUCCGAGGAGCUGCGGCUGGCCUCCUUCUGCGGCUGGCCGCUGACCGCCACCGUGCGACCUGAGGUGCUGGCUGCCGCCGGCUUCUUCCACACAGGCCGGCAGGAUAAGGUGAGGUGCUUCUUCUGCUCUGGGGGUCUGCAGACCUGGCAGCGAGGGGAUGACCCCUGGACUGAGCACGCCAAGUGGUUCCCGAGGUGUGAAUUCCUGCUCCGGACCAAAGGAAGGGACUUCGUCCACAGUGUCCAGGAGGCCCUCCGCUACCCGCUGGGCUCCUGGGACCCGUGGGAGGAACCUGCAGACACAGCCCCUGCCACCUCAGCUCCUGUCCACCUCACACCCAAAGGAGAGACCCGCUUGGCAGAUGCCAGGGAGCCAGGUGAGUACAGGACCCACGAGGCAAGGUGGGGGCAGGGACGGCUCUGCUGCCUCCAGGGGUGGGAGGGCAGGUGCUCCUGGUCUGGCCCGCACCCACCUGCCCGUCAGCCUGUUAAGGAGGGUGGAGGUUGGGGGCGGGGGGUGUCAAAGGCCCAGCCCCCUUGGGGGACCCGGGUGGAGCCCAGGCCCAGACAGACUCAGUCUGUGGGCUCUGGAGCCCCCAGGAGCCCGGGACGUGGAGGAGCAGCUGCGGCGGCUGCAGGAGGAGCGGACUUGCAAGGUGUGCCUGGACCGUGCCGUGAGCAUCGUCUUCGUGCCUUGCGGCCACCUGGUCUGCGCUGCGUGUGCGCCCGGCCUGCAGCUCUGCCCCCUCUGCAGGGCCCCCAUCCACAGCUGCCUGCGCACCUUCCUGUCCUAGGCCGGGCGCACAGUGUGGCUGCCACGUGAGCACCUCGCCUGGCUCGGCCAGUCCUGCGGACCCCACAGUGGGCCCACUGAGGACCCUGAGCUGGCACCCGCACUGCCCGCCUGAAUCCUGACCAGCAGCCCGGGGUGGAAGGGGCUUGGUGUGUGUGUGUGGGGGGGGGUGUGGUUUUACCUAAGUCUGGUUGCUUCUGAAGAGUCACAGUAAAGCGGCAGG